AUGUGGCUGAACCCCGAGGAGGUGCUGCUGGCGAACGCCCUGUGGAUUGCGGAGAGAGCCAACCCUUAUUUCAUCCUGCAGAGGAGGAAGGGCCACGGAGGAGAUGGAGGCGGUGGCGGGGGACUGGCUGGUCUCCUGGUGGGGACUCUUGAUGUCGUCCUGGACUCCAGUGCAAGAGUUGCCCCUUACCGCAUCCUCUACCAGACCCCAGACUCAUUGGUAUACUGGACCAUUGCUUGUGCUGGUUCCAGGAAAGAAAUCACUGAGCAUUGGGAAUGGCUUGAGCAGAACCUGCUGCAGACACUCUCCAUCUUUGAAAAUGAAAAUGACAUCACCACCUUUGUGAGAGGGAAAAUACAGGGUAUUAUUGCAGAAUAUAACAAAAUUGAUGACAUAAAGGAAGAUGAUGACACAGAAAAGUUUAAGGAGGCUAUCGUGAAAUUUCACCGGCUCUUUGGGAUGCCAGAGGAAGAGAAACUUGUCAAUUACUACUCGUGCAGUUACUGGAAGGGGAAGGUCCCCCGCCAGGGUUGGAUGUACCUCAGUAUUAAUCACCUUUGCUUUUAUUCCUUCCUGAUGGGAAGGGAGGCCAAGUUGGUGAUCCGGUGGGUGGAUAUCACUCAGCUCGAGAAGAAUGCCACACUGCUCCUACCUGACGUGAUCAAAGUGAGCACCAGGUCAAGCGAACAUUUCUUCUCCGUCUUUCUCAAUAUCAAUGAGACAUUCAAACUAAUGGAACAGCUUGCCAACAUAGCCAUGAGACAGCUGCUGGACAAUGAAGGUUUCGAGCAAGACAGAUCCCUCCCCAAAUUGAAAAAAAAAUCGCCUAAAAAAGUGUCAGCUUUAAAACGGGAUCUUGAUGCCAGAGCCAAAAGUGAGCGAUAUCGUGCACUCUUCCGCUUGCCCAAAGAUGAAAAAUUAGAUGGUCACACAGAUUGUACUCUUUGGACUCCAUUCAACAAAAUGCAUAUUUUGGGACAGAUGUUUGUAUCAACAAAUUACAUCUGUUUUACCAGCAAGGAGGAAAACUUGUGUAGCCUCAUCAUUCCACUCCGAGAGGUGACCAUCGUGGAAAAGGCCGACAGCUCCAGUGUCUUACCCAGCCCAUUGUCAAUCAGCACAAAAAACCGGAUGACCUUUCUCUUUGCUAACUUGAAAGAUAGAGACUUUUUGGUGCAGAGGAUCUCAGAUUUCCUGCAACAAACGACUUCUAAAAUCUAUUUGGACAAAGAAAUUUCAGGAAGCUGCAACAGCUCAGAUGAUGAGGUCUACUCCAGGCCCAGCAGCCUUGUUUCCUCCAGCCCUCAACCCAGUGUGAGCUCUGAGGCAGAUAGCGGCGAGCGCCAAUUCAACCUGAAUGGGAACAACGUUCCAACCGCCACUCAACCUUUAAUGACCAUGUACCGGCGGCGGUCUCCGGAGGAAUUCAACCCCAAACUAGCCAAAGAGUUUUUGAAAGAGCAAGCCUGGAAGAUUCACUUUGCUGAAUAUGGCCAGGGGAUCUGCAUGUAUCGCACUGAGAAAACUCGAGACCUGGUGCUAAAGGGCAUCCCAGAGGGCAUGAGAGGAGAGCUCUGGAUGCUCCUGUCAGGAGCUAUCAAUGAGAUGGCCACCCAUCCUGGCUAUUAUGAAGAUUUGGUGGAAAAGUCUAUGGGAAAAUACAACCUCGCCACAGAGGAGAUUGAACGAGACUUGCAUCGGUCCCUCCCAGAACACCCGGCUUUCCAGAAUGAAAUGGGCAUUGCUGCCCUGAGGAGAGUGUUAACAGCAUAUGCCUUUAGGAAUCCCAACAUAGGAUAUUGCCAGGCAAUGAACAUUGUAACUUCAGUGCUGCUUUUAUAUGCAAAAGAGGAGGAAGCUUUUUGGCUGUUGGUAGCUUUGUGUGAAAGGAUGCUUCCUGACUACUACAACACUAGAGUUGUUGGAGCCCUGGUGGACCAGGGCGUUUUUGAGGAACUAGCCCGAGACUACGUCCCCCAGCUCUAUGACUGCAUGCAAGAUCUGGGGGUGAUUUCUACCAUCUCCCUGUCUUGGUUCCUCACACUAUUUCUUAGUGUGAUGCCUUUCGAAAGUGCAGUUGUGGUCGUUGACUGUUUCUUCUAUGAAGGAAUCAAAGUGAUCUUCCAACUGGCAUUGGCUGUUCUGGAUGCCAACGUGGACAAGUUGCUGAAUUGCAAAGAUGAUGGGGAAGCUAUGACUGUUUUGGGGAGGUACUUAGACAGUGUGACCAAUAAAGACAGUACGCUGCCUCCCAUCCCUCACCUUCAUUCCCUGCUCAGUGAUGAUGUGGAACCUUACCCAGAGGUGGAUAUCUUCAGGCUCAUCAGAACUUCCUAUGAGAAAUUUGGGACUAUCCGAGCUGACUUGAUCGAACAGAUGCGAUUUAAACAGAGGCUGAAGGUCAUCCAGACUCUUGAGGACACAACUAAGCGUAAUGUGGUGCGGACAAUAGUGACUGAAACAUCGUUUACCAUCGAUGAGCUGGAAGAACUUUAUGCUCUUUUCAAAGCAGAACAUCUCACCAGCUGCUAUUGGGGUGGGAACAGCAAUGCCCUGGACCGCCACGACCCCAGCCUGCCUUACUUAGAACAAUAUCGUAUUGAUUUUGAGCAGUUCAAAGGGAUGUUUGCCCUGCUCUUCCCAUGGGCCUGUGGGACUCACUCUGAUGUGCUGGCUUCUCGCUUAUUCCAGUUACUGGAUGAAAAUGGAGACUCUCUGAUCAACUUCCGAGAAUUUGUCUCUGGACUAAGUGCAGCCUGCCAUGGGGACCUCACAGAGAAACUUAAGCUACUCUACAAAAUGCACGUUUUGCCAGAGCCAUCUCCUGACCAAGACGAGCCAGAUUCUGCUUUUGAAGCCACUCAGUACUUUUUUGAAGACAUCACUCCUGAGUGCACACAUGUGGUUGGGCUGGACAGCAGGACCAAGCCGAACACUGACGAUGGCUUUGUUACAGUCAGUCUCAAGUCAGACAAAGGGAAGAAGGUGACUUCCCAAGACAAUCGUAACUACCUGAGACUGUGGACCCAAGAGAAUAAAGCCAAGUCAAAGAAUUCCAAGGAUCUGCCCAAAUUAAACCAGGGUCAAUUUAUUGAACUGUGUAAAACAAUGUACAACAUGUUUAACGAGGACCCAAAUGAGCAGGAAUUGUACCACGCCACAGCUGCGGUGACCAGCCUCCUGUUGGAGAUAGGAGAAGUGGGCAAACUCUUUAUCACCCAGCCGGCCAAAGAGAAUGAAGGGGGCAGCACUACUCACCCCUGUGCCCAGGGCAUCCAGAGCAUGCUGUUCCCCAAGAAAGGAUCCAGCCAGUCCUACUGUGUGGAGCCUGGGGAGCUGCUCCCCACCAGCUUGGCCAUGGACAGUGAGGAACCUUCAGAGGGUCCUCUGGGUGGACAGAUGGAGGACAUCAAGCUAGAGGAUUCUUCUCCCCGAGACAACGGGGCAGGGUCGUCCAUGCUCAUCUCUGAUGACGACACAAAGGAUGACAGCUCCAUGUCAUCUUACUCGGUGCUGAGCGCAGGCUCCCACGAGGAAGACAAGCUGCACUGCGAGGACAUCGGGGACGACACCGUCCUGGUACGCAGCGGUCGAGGCACCUCAGCUCUUCCUCGGAGCAACAGCCUGGACAGGGACUGGGCCAUCACCUUUGAGCAGUUUUUGGCCUCCCUCUUAACUGAGCCCGCCCUGGUGAAAUACUUUGACAAGCCAGUGUGCAUGAUGGCCAGAAUCACCAAUGCCAAGAACAUCCGGAUGAUGGGGAAGCCCAUCACCUCUGCCAGUGACUAUGAAAUCUCUGCCAUGUCAGGGUGA